CAAAAUAUAACAGUUUUGCACACGACACUAACAGUCGUCGCCAAGAUAAAAAUAUUUCGCCGGUGUGUUUCAUUAACUUCAAGCCAUGUCAGCUCCAUUAAAGGCCGUGUGUGUUUUGAAAGGCGAUAGCAGUGUCACGGGAACCGUCCAUUUCAACCAGGAGGCACCGGGUUCCCCUGUGACUGUUUCUGGUGAAAUCAGUGGUUUGACUCCAGGACAGCAUGGAUUUCAUGUUCAUCAAUUUGGGGACAACACAAAUGGCUGUACCAGUGCUGGAGCACACUUUAACCCCUUCAGUAAAGACCACGCUGGCCCAGACGACGCAGACAGACACGUAGGGGACCUGGGUAACGUCACCGCCGGCGAGGACGGAGUCGCCAAAAUUAACAUCUCAGAUAAAGUGAUUGAUUUAGCUGGUCCCCAUUCCAUCAUUGGGAGAACAAUGGUGAUCCAUGCAGACGUAGAUGACCUAGGGAGAGGAGGUCAUGAACUCAGUAAGACAACCGGUAAUGCUGGUGGGCGGCUGGCCUGCGGAGUUAUUGGAAUCACCAAGUAGACCCCCCUCCCAGACUCUCAGCUUUCUGCAAUGUGCGGGACUGCAUUGUUAUGUCUUGUAAUGAGUGUCAGCGAUUUUUGUAAAAUAAUCAUUUGUAGCCAUUAAUCUUGAUUGCGUUGUAUGUGUUGGUGCAAGUAAUGCAGACAAAUAUUCCUCUUAUGAUGCGUUAUGACACAGACUAAUAAUAAGAGAUCAAUUUAAGAAGUACAUGUUAUGUUGUUAUUUUGCUAUUAAUAAUGAUUAAAGUUUAUACAAAGAAAAAAUUAUAAAACUUUGUUGUCAUUAGACAUGUAAUAAAUAUGUAUCAAAACAACAA